AUGAUAUCAGAAACACAAUUCAGGAGAGAUUUGAAUGUGAAGUUUUCUCAGACUAGCCUAGUUCAUGAUCUCAGUGAGUAUGGGAUACAGUAAGGAUCUAGCUAACAAGAUUUCUUUAUGAAGCUAUACGAUUGUAUAAGGGCACAAAUAAGAUGAA